AUGGAAGUCGAAUUAAAACUUAUUUGUGGAAGAGAUUUAAAAGUAUGUGAUAUUUGUACUUCUGACCCUUAUGUAAAAUUUGUUAUCAAUGGAAAAAAGUAUAAAAGUAAAACAAAAGUACUUACUGUUGAACCAGAUUGGGAUGAAACAUUUAAAGUAAAAUUAAUUGCUGGUAAUACAAUAGAAUUUCAAGUGUAUGACCGAGACUUAAUUGGAAAAGAUGAUUUUAUGGGAAAAGUAUCAUGGACAGUCCCUCAACUAUUUUUGGGUCAAACUAAUUUUUAUGUACUUCAUUUAGAUACAAAAGGAACAAUCACUUUUAGUACAAAAUGUAUUUCUGGAGGAAUUCCACCACAAAUUGAACCUCACUGUGAUGUUAAUAGACCACUAAUUCUUAGAUUUGAUGUUAAGUAUGUCCUUGGACUUUUUUUUGGAUAUGGAUUAAGUCAUGGAAUGUUUGUUUCUCCAUUACCAAAAACAUUAACUGGUGAAUGGGAAACAAGUUUUGGAAAAUUUAGAGGUGGUAUCACAAAAAUUUCUUCUCUUAAUUAUGGACCAGAACGACUUUUAGGGGGAGGAAGAACUUUUUAUGUUUUGGCUCGUGUAGGAGAAGUAAUUUCUUUUUCUGCUUUUCUUAAUUCAAGUUCAGCUCAAAAAGGAGGAGAUCUAUUAGUAAAAGGAUUUUAUCUCGUACCAGAUUUCCAUCAAGAUGAAAAGACAGAUUUUGGAUUUACUUUGGAGCCAGGAGGAUCAUGUCUUGUUAGUUGUAAAUGUGUUCAAAGUAUUUAUAAAAACGUUCAACCUGCUAUGAUUCCUUCUGAAAAAGAUUAUGCAUCAAACGUUGCUUUCCCUUGUGAAGUUAUUGUCAAACACCUAGAAGGUAUAGGUUUCGCUGGACUGUUUAAUGUUACACCUUAUGUUAUAUUACAGUCAAACCAAGUAGAAUAUACAACUUCUGUAUUACUUAGAGAAAGAAGUAGAAAUCACACAUAUAUGCCUAAAGAAUGGAAUCAUUCUUUCUUGGUUCCUGCUUUUGUUGGACAAAAGUGCAUUGUUAAACUUAUGAAUAAAAAAGCGUUUGACAUAGCAACAGAUAAAGACAUUGAAUUGGUAAAGACAGAAUUUAUAUGGCCUGACUUUAAAGGACAAGAAUCAGUAGAUAUUACUCUUCCUUUAAAUAAAAAAUUAGGAGAUCUAAAAAUAACAUUAAAGAGAAUAAGAGAACUUAGUGCUUAUUACAGAAGGGUGUAUCUUGGUGAAGGUUAUCCACCAGUGAUUUGCCAAAUACCACAAUAA